AUGCUAUUACUCAUAGAGAGUCUCCAAGGGAAGUCUGACAGGUCAAUCCGAGGUAUACAACUAUUACCACAGAACUAUGACUGGAUGAUAAAAACGCUGCACAGAAAGUACGGAAAUAAGCCAGCCAAAGAGCUCGUUUCACGCGAGCUAAAACCGGGAGAUGAAAUCACAUGUUUUUAUGGAGAAGACUUUUUCGGAGAGGGUAACGAGAACUGCGAAUGUGUAACGUGCGAACGACGGGGAAAAGGUGUGUUUGCGAGCAGAGAAGAGAAUAGUGACAAUGCUUCGGGUAGCAGUGUGGAAAUGGAAGAAGUUAGCUCUUCACAGCAGAAGUAUGGUCUUCGUGAGACUGAUUCUCGUUUGUGUCGGGCUAGUGUCACGAGGUGCGAGUAUAAUUAA